AUGGAUAGUCUUGAAUGUGACCUUCAUGGCUUGAUAAUGGAACAGCUGGUUGAUAUAUUAAGUAUCGACCCGGACACUACAAAAGAAGAAGUAUCACGUUUUAUAAAAAGAUGUCCGGAGUUACCAAAGGAUGAUAAUAUAAGUGAAGAAGGAAAUCAUAACAUCAUUUUAAUGACGAAAAUCUUAAAACAAAAUAUAUCGGCUCUAGCUUCACUUACAGCAAAAACAAAGUGUGAAGCCUAUGCUGACGAAAUUCUUCCGAUCCUUUUAAAUUAUUUAAGAUACAUUCCAAUAUUUUCUUUUGAAUCGGAUCUUACAUGGAAGGGAGAAUUAAUAUCAGAACUACUUAAAAUUGCAAUUAAAUUUGGUCACAAACGAGACAUAAUUGUAAAAGAUAUUUGUGCAUUUCUUGGAAUUCUAGAAAAAAAAUUGACUUGUGGCAAUGUUGAAUACAUUUGCACUGUAAUUCUUCCCCUGUUAAAUGGUUUUUUUCGUGCUAUUCAAUCUUCACAUAUCUCAUGGAAUUGUAAUGAUUUUGAAUUCGUGGCUCUUCAAACCCAACUUCUUGUAAGUAACGAUUGCUUACAAGAAGUUGGACAAAUUAUCGAGACAGUGUUGCAAUCUUCAGAGCCGCGAUAUUACUAUGCUAAAAAAUUUUUAAUGAGAUAUCAAUAUAGAGGCUCACCUUUGUCAAGUAAUGGUAUCAUUUUUGGCAUAACUAUAAUGAUGAGAAAUAUAUUAGCGCGUGUUAUUAUCGUCAGUAAUAAUAAAGAUGAUAGCGUUACUUCAAUGACGUUCAAGGAAAUUUGGGAUGCCUUAGUAAAGUGUAAGGCAAAUAUUCCUAUACCUGUGACGGAUUAUGUUAGGAAAACUCUGCGCAAGACCUAUGUCAUGUCUUUGCAAUACUUUGCUGAAUUGACCAAGCUAUCGAAUAAUAUUGUUGCACAAGGCAAUGACUAUCCAUCUUCUCUAUAUGUCCGAGAAAUAAUGGCUGCUAGCCUGGAUCUUGCAGCUAUUGCAAGUGUUUAUCUACACGAGGUUGAUGAUGAAUUAAUCAAUAAAUUGACUGCUUCCUUAUUUACUGUUCCACAAACACCAGACGUUAAAGUUCAAACGUCUGCACUUGAUGCAAUUACUCUCCUUGCCCUAAACUUUUCUUGGGCCAAUUUAAAAAUGAUUCAGACUUUUCGGAAAUUUUUGAUUACACCAUCAACAAUUUUUGAAUUGGCUGUUGCAGUUGAAAAGAAUAUCUCGAUACUAGAUUAUGCAAUAAUUCGUCUUGCUUAUUGUCUGAAGGCGGUGAAUCAUGAAACAUCUAAAUCAGUUAUCUAUAAACUACUUGCAAUCCUUCCUUCUGAUAGACCUGACCGUUCUUCAACUUCUCUUACUCCAAAUUCCACCCUAGCUCCGGAUCAAAUGUCAAUUCAUAGCUCAGUCAGUGGCAUAUCGCGUAAUGAAGAACAACGUCAACAGAUGUAUGAAAAUAUAGUUUGUACGGUUACUGGGGUUGUCUGCAUUUUGAAAGACGAUAAUAUUACCGAAUUAAUUGUUUAUAUGCUUAGUCAACGUCUUCGUAAUCAUACACCAGCAUUGGACACACUGAUUCUUGAAAAAUUUGUCGAUAUUGCAUUGAUUUCAUCAGAAAAAGUUUUUUCUGAAAUUGUCCAAAAGUUUUCCGAUAUUAGUCGUCAAUCUCUGUCUCCAGAAAACAAAAUUGUUACUACCGCGGUUCUUAAAUGUCAAUUAUAUUUGGCGAGUAGGCUCAAUUCUCGUCCGGAAUUCUAUGGUCUUUAUUUACUAAAGAUUUUGUCGUUAUUUGUGGAGAAGGGAGUUGUAAUCCAACAAACGGUUGAAAAGAAUGGCAAAUUUCAGAUUACUUCACUGGCUGGUGAAAUUGGGAUUUUGCUUCCCGUUCUUAAAACUCUCUUAUCUCAUGAUGAUUUUACAGAUCAUAUUAAUUCUUCUGAAGAACUAGUUCCUCUUUUUAGAGACCUUUGGUUCCAUUGCAUACUGUAUGGAUUUGUAUCAGAAGAAACUUGGAUACCUGAAUGGAGAGAAUCGUUAGUGGUCAUAGCUCAAAAAACACCACCACUUGUUCAGGAAACAAUAAAUUACCUUGAGAGUGAUUUAGAAUUCAAAUCAGUAUUGCGUAAAGGUAAUUCCGACCAGGAUCUUGUUAACGUUAGAUCUUCACUAUCUUCUUUCUUACCCAAUCGUGCUUAUGAAAUAAAAUAUUUAUCCUUUGCGGAAAUUACAUUUUUGCUCUCCGUGUAUCAUAUUGAGAUAAUGAGAAGUCAAAUGGGCCAAUGCUCUUUCAUCUUGAGAUAUUUUGUUAAUCAAGGUGUAAGUGCUGGUAAACUAGUUGGCUGCAUGGAAGAAAUUGGCAAUCAGGUGAUGGAGGUUUUCAUCAGAGUAUGCUCUAACAGGGCUAUUGCACAUACUAUAGACGAAAACCUCAGAGCUCACGUUCGCAAUCUUAUGAUUGCCACCUGUCAUCGCCUUAGCAAAGUUAGUCAACUUUCUAUAAAGGAUCUCGAUAAUUUGAUGACCGCGUUUCCUUCCUUGCUUUGCGAUAAAAAAUUAUUGUUUUUGUUGUUGGAGUUGAUCGAAUUAUUAUGGCAAAGUUGCGAAGCCGAAUAUUUAAAUGAGUAUUCGCCAACAUAUACGUAUGUUUCGCCUAAAGUUGAAGUUUCACUUGACCUUCCCGAUGAUUAUAAUUACCGAAGAGAAAUUUUAUCAAGGUUAUGUGAAAAUUCGAAAAAGUGGUUGACAGCUGCAAUGACACGUGUGCCUUCAGAAAUUCGAGGAUUAUUAGAGAAUUACCUGGCAGAAUUUGAUCCUUAUCUGUCUGACCAUUCGGCUCAUAUGGGACGGUCUAUCGCAAUUGAGAUAGGAAAAACCUUUUCUAAUGCUGAUCCUAAUUCAGUAAUAUUUCCCCGAGUACCAAACACAGCUGUUGAUAAUGUUUCAGAAUUCAUUAAAGAUUACUCUGCUAGACGACAUUUUUAUGGACAAGUUACUGGAAAAAAUCAUUGGCAAAAUUCUCUUAAUGGCGGAGAUGAAAAACAAGAACUUUCAUUUGGGAAAUUUUCUGAUCAGAAUCAAGAAGUAAAAGCGUCUUUAGCUCUUUUAGAAAAGAAAGUUCAUGAAGUUCCUCAGGUUUCCAUGAAAGAAUUAAAUGAUACGCUAUAUUUAGCAGCAGGGGUUUUGAUAUCUUCACCAAAGCCAGAUGAAGAGAUUCUUCAUUAUGUUGUAUGGGUUCCCAUAUAUAUGUUUACUCCUGAAUCAUUAAAGCUUGCUACAUCCAUAUGGAAUUGGAUAAUAAAUGAAAGGCCUACGGUUGAAAAAAGGAUAAUGGCAGAAAUUGCCAAUGGAUGGGUUUGGACCGUACGACAACGAAAAGGAUUAUUCUCUACUGCACUCAAUGUGAAAGAUCCUUUUGUGAAUAAAAUGCAGUAUGCACCUUCAGAUAAGGCUACGCGAGAUAAGAAUUACAAAUUGGCCAAAUUUUUAUUUGGUCCCCAUUUGAUUUGGUUACAAUUUAUAUCUGGGCGGUAUCAAGCCUUUAGAUAUAGAUGUACGCAAUUGGUUCAACUUUAUUUUAGGUUAUUUCAAGUAACUCUUGAUGCAUCCGUUUCUAUAAGUAAUCAUUCUUUAUCACGGGAAGGUAGACUGCAAAUUCUUAUAUGUGCACUUAAAAUUUUACAAUCAAAUCGUAUGGAAGCAUCUAUCGAACAUAAAUUCCGAACAAAAAUUUUUGAUUCGGCUUUUUCUUGGUUUUCCUUACCUCCAAAAUGGGCUUAUGGUGGUAACAAAAGAGCAAUGAUUACUGAAUAUAAACUUUUAAUUGAUGUUUAUAAAUUGGUUGAAAAUGAUAAAGUUGAACUCGCAGAAGUUUUAUCCACUACACCUAAAAAAUAUUCCCAGUUUUCUUUGUCAAAUACUACUUCAAUUGCAAUGACAGAUAAAAUCCGAGAAGAAAUAAUAAAUAAAACUACAAGAUCCAAAAAGUUAUUGCUAUUAUUUCUCGAAAGUGAAAUAAGUAAUCUGGCAACUUGGAGCAACCCUUUAAAUACACCGGAUUUAAUUAAGGAUAAUUUUGUUCCUGUAAUAGAAAGUCGUUUAACCGAGGAUGGUUGGAAAAAUAAUGUUAGGCAUGCCUGGUCAAUUUCUCCUCAACUAGCAGUCCAAAUGUCAUCCAGGUUCAAAAAUUCAUUUGUUCAAAAUGAGCUUCAUAGAGUAUUAGCAAAUAAUGCUAAUGAGGCCGUGUGGGUUGCUGAAGCUUUACCGUUGUUACUUGGUGAUAAAUUAAAUCAGAAUGUUCUUUCACAACUCAAGUACUUAUUAUAUUGGGCGCCGGUGCCUCCGAUAACUGCAGUCACUUACUUUUCAUCCACAUAUGACAAUAACCCCUUAAUUCUUCAAUAUGCGAUGCGUGCUUUAGAAUAUCAUGAUGUUGAUAUUGUAUUCUUUUACAUUCCACAAAUUGUACAAGCAUUACGUUACGACACUUUGGGAUAUGUGGAAAGGUUCAUAAUGGGUGCUGCAAAAAUUUCUCAAUUGUUUGCACAUCAGAUUAUUUGGAACAUGAAAGCAAACAUGUUUAAAGAUGAUGAAAGCACUAUAGCUGAUUCAUUGAAACCAACACUUGAUCGUAUCAUUGAUAAUAUUGUCGAAUCCCUAUCCGGUGAAGAUAAAACAUUUUAUGAAAGGGAAUUCACUUUCUUUGAAAAUGUUACAUCGAUAUCUGGGAAAUUAAAGCCUUAUAUCAAAAAGACAAAAUCCGAAAAAAAGCAAAAGAUUGACGAAGAAAUGGCAAAAAUUAAAGUGGAUGUAGGUGUUUAUUUACCAAGUAAUCCAGAAGGCAAAGUAAUAGGUAUAGAUUACAAGUCAGGAAGACCAUUACAGAGUCACGCAAAGGCACCUUUCAUGGCUACUUUUAAAAUUCAAAAAACUCUCCAAGAUUCCGAAACUAUCGACGUAUGGCAAUCAGCCAUCUUUAAAGUCGGUGAUGAUUGCCGACAAGAUGUUCUUGCUUUGCAAUUGAUUGCAAUUUUCAAGAAUAUAUUCACUAGUAUAGGAUUGGAUUUAUAUCUUUUCCCAUAUAGGGUUGUUGCAACAUCUCCCGGGAGUGGAGUAAUCGAUGUAAUUCCGAAUUCUAUGUCACGUGAUCAAAUGGGACGCGAGAAAGUGAACAGUUUAUACGACUAUUUUGUUACAAAAUAUGGAGGAGUGGAUUCUAUCACGUUUCAAAAAGCAAGAAAUUGUUUCAUACAAAGUGUUGCGGCAUAUUCGGUUGUAUCUUAUCUAUUACAAAUUAAAGAUCGUCAUAAUGGUAAUAUUAUGUUGGAUGAAGAGGGGCAUAUUAUUCACAUUGAUUUCGGGUUUAUCCUUGACAUCGCUCCUGGUGGAAUUACUUUUGAAAGUUCACCAUUUAAACUUACUACUGAAAUGAUUCAAGUGAUGGGUGGAAGAUCCGAUGUACAACAAUUUAAAUGGUUUUCGGAAUUAUGUAUUAAAGCUUAUUUGGCUUCACGGCCCUAUGCUGAACAAAUUGUCCAAUGUGUGGCAUUAAUGCUUGGUUCCGGACUACCAUGUUUUAAAGGUGACACUUUGAGAAGAUUGCGCGAUCGAUUCCAAUUAGAAAGGACUGAGCGUCGAGCAGCUAGUUUUAUGAUUGAAAAAAUUAAUCAAUCAUUUGAGAAUAAAAGAACAGUUUGGUAUGAUAGCUUCCAAAAAGCAACUAAUGGAAUCCCACAUUAA